CACGCAUCCGGGCUAGGGUUUGAGUCUCAACCACUCUUUUAAAGACCGCACUCAACACACACCUCUUCCUCCUUCCCUUCAUCCUCUCUCUCUCUUCGCUCUCUCUCUCUCUCUCUCUAGAAUUCCUUUGAGAUUCAUUCCUAAGAAGAAGAGAAGAUGAUGCAACCAGGACCCGGUAUUCCUCCACCCACCAUGCCCCAACAAUACCAACAACAACCCUACAUGAUGAUGCCUCCUCAGCCACAACCUCACACACAACCGCCUCAGAUGUGGGCCCCAUCCGCACAACCCCCUCCUCAAUCUCUCCCUCAACAACAACAGGCACAACCUACUAGCGCCGAUGAGGUCCGUACUCUCUGGAUCGGAGAUUUGCAAUACUGGAUGGACGAGAACUAUCUCUACACCUGUUUCUCUCACACCGGCGAGGUUGGAUCUAUCAAAGUUAUUCGUAAUAAGCAGACUAAUCAAUCUGAAGGUUAUGGCUUUAUUGAGUUUACUAGUCGUGCUGGUGCUGAAAGAGUGCUUCAAACAUUUAAUGGCACUAUUAUGCCAAAUGGUGGGCAGAACUUCAGAUUGAACUGGGCAACAUUUAGUUCUGGUGAGAGGCGUCAUGAUGAUUCUCCGGAUUACACAAUAUUUGUUGGAGACCUGGCUACUGAUGUUACAGAUUAUCAUCUGACAGAAGUAUUUAGAACUCGGUAUAGUUCAGUUAAGGGGGCCAAAGUUGUGAUUGAUAGGCUCACUGGUAGGACAAAGGGUUAUGGUUUUGUUAGGUUUGCAGAUGAGGGUGAACAAAUGAGGGCUAUGACUGAAAUGCAAGGGGUUCUUUGUUCAACAAGACCCAUGCGUAUUGGACCAGCCUCUAACAAAAACCUUAACACACAGUCAUCCAAAGCAUCCUAUCAGAAUCCUCAAGGGGGGGCACAGAACGAGAAUGAUCCAAAUAAUACAACAAUUUUUGUUGGCAAUUUGGAUCCUAAUGUCACAGAUGAUCAUUUGAGACAAGUUUUUGGGCAGUACGGUGAGCUAGUUCAUGUUAAGAUUCCAGCAGGCAAGAGAUGCGGAUUUGUCCAAUUUGCUGACAGGAGCUGUGCAGAGGAGGCACUGCGCGUGUUAAAUGGUACACUUCUUGGGGGACAAAAUGUUCGCCUUUCAUGGGGCAAAAGUCCAAACAAACAGGCCCAACAGGAUCCAAACCAGUGGAGUGGAUACACCCAGGGUUAUGGAUACACCCAAGGUUAUGAAAAUUACGGUUAUGCUCCUGCUGCUGGACAGGACCCCAAUAUGUAUGGCAGUUAUCCGGGAUAUGCAAACUACCAACCACCUCAGCAGCAACAGCAAAUAGGAUAUAGUAGUUAAAUUCAGCCCCCCAAUUUUCCGUGUUGUAUUCCAAUGAUGAUUACUCACUUUCUGUUGCUUCUCUUUUUGUGUCUUGUGGAACUUGAAACCUGUCUUGCCCUUUUUUUUCUUCUUAUUUAUCUUGUUUUAUGAUUGCUAAGUACAUUUAUAUUCUAUGCGGAUCUUAUGUAUCCCCAAAAUAUUGCUUGCUGAAUACUUUAUCUAUAUUACAUAUGAAUUGGUCCAUUUUCCAUAUUUUGUAGUAAUUAUGGGAUUUGGAUUUCUCGUU